GGAGGGACUGAUGACGUGGCGGCGCUUUCAGCCAAUUGUGUGAAAGAGGAGGUGACAUUACUGAAGAGCUUCCAUUUUGUCGAGGUGCUAUUGUCCGAAGAGGUGCGCAAACAUCGAGCUGCAAAAGUAAAGAAAGUGGUGUACAAGGUCCAGCGAAUUAUUAAAACGCACACACUGACGAGAUGAGUGGCUGCCGUGUGUUUGUUGGCCGUUUGAACCCCUCUGCCCGCGAGAAGGACGUGGAGAGAUUCUUCAAGGGCUACGGGAGGAUCCGCGACAUCGACCUGAAAAGAGGUUACGGCUUUGUGGAGUUUGAAGACCCCAGAGAUGCUGAAGAUGCUGUUUAUGAACUGGAUGGAAAGGAGCUAUGCAAUGAGAGAGUUACGAUUGAACAUGCACGAGCCCGGCUUCGAGGAGGCCGAGGAAGAGGGGGGCCUGGCCGCUUCCCUGACCGCUACAGCAGGAGAUCACGUGACGGCAGGAGGAAUCCCCCUCCAGUUCGCACUGAAAACAGGCUCAUUGUGGAGAACUUGUCUUCCAGAGUCAGCUGGCAGGAUCUGAAAGAUUUCAUGAGACAAGCUGGAGAGGUUACUUUUGCUGAUGCUCACAGACCAAAACUAAAUGAAGGGGUGGUUGAGUUUGCUUCUUCCAGUGAUGUCAGAAACGCCCUUGAUAAGCUGUCUGGUAAGGAGAUCAAUGGAAGGAAAAUCAAACUGACAGAGGCGAUUAGAAGGAGGUCGAGGAGUCGAUCUCGUUCCCGCAGCUCCUCGCGCUCCCGUUCCCGCUCCCGUUCCAGGAGCCACUCCAGGAGCCGCAGCCGCAAGUCCUACAGCCGUUCCCGGUCCCGCAGUCGCUCCCGCUCUGCCAGCCGCUCCCCCGCUCGGGACAAGGAGGUGAAACGCAGCUCCCGAGCCCACUCCGGCUCCCCACACUCCCCUGAGCGUCGCCGCUCCAGGUCUAUAACGCGCUCUCCGUCAAUAGAGAGCAGGCACUGAGACCCCACCCCCUCCCAACCCUGUGUGUGUAACAGUAUCAACCCAGGAAAGGGUUCACCACGGGAAAAUAAUGCAAUGAGAUUCUGGAUAUUGGACUGUCAUGAGCUGAAGGAUGCUAGUCCAACUUACUAAUUUAAGCCAAAAGUGGACUGCUCCAGUCCUGCUUUUACAAGCGGGCAUCCCUACACUGAGUUGUGUGAAGGUGAGACUAGGGGAGGGGGGACAAUUGUCUAUUGGUACUAAAUAAAUAUGGUAAGAUGGUAAGUCUAUACUGACGGUUGGCUUUUCUUUUUUUUUUUUUUUUUUAUAUAAAAGCAUCACAAAGUGUGCCGAUUUACAGAACACAUCUUUGUCAAUGUUUGUUUAAAUGAUUUAUGAAAUCCUGUGAAAUAGUGGUAACAUUUGUAUUCUGACCUGAAAAUGUAACCUUGUGCAUAUAGGGUUCUCCAAAUUAUUAUUUUUUUUUGUUCUGCAUUGGUGGGUGCAUUUUAAAAUUGUUUUCCUCCUUUUGAAGAAAGGUGUAAAAUAUACCUUUUACUUUUUGUAUUAAAGGAUUGGUUCAGAGUCCACACAGUUUAGUAUUGGUGUGCAUUUGUGUGUAUAUAAAAAUAAAGAUUCCAGUGGGAUCUUUGGGAGAAA